AUGGCCAUGGCAAGUGAACAACACUUAACCCAGCCAUUCCAAUUCGAAGAGCUACAUACUUUUGCAACCGACGAGGAUGAGUCUUUUCCUAUCGAGGAAGGUGAAACGUGGAUGACACCGGUGUAUAAGUUUUUAAUGGAGGAUGAAUUCCUAGCUGAUGAAUUAUCAGUUAAACAAGUAAGAAGAAAGUCCUCUAAAUAUGCACUAAUUAAUUGUUGGUUGUACAGGAGAUCAUCAACUCAACCAUGGCUACGAUGCAUAACGGAGGAUGAAGGUUGGGAAAUCCUUAAAGAUAUCCAUGAAAGAGAUUGUGAAAGUCAUGAAGGGGCUAAGACGAUCGCUCAAAAAGCAUUUAGGCAAGGAUACUAUUAG